AUGGCGGAGAUCGACAAACACUUCCACAAAGAUGACAUACCUUGGAUACAAGGCAUCCCCAUUGAUUUAUAUAUGGAAGACACUCUAAUUUGGCCCUUUACCCCUAAUGGUCAAUAUAUAGUCAAAAGUGGCUAUAGGGUGGGUAGGGAGAUGAAUCUUAAUCUCACUAGGUGCUCGAACAUGACUGACAUUCAGAAGUGGUGGAAAAUGAUAUGGAGCUUACACCUACCUCCUCGGAUGAAACUCUUUGGGUGGAGAGUUUGUCACAACUGGCUGCCAGCAAAGAUGAAUUUAAAGCACAGAGGUAUGGAGGUCAAUACGAGAUGUGAAUUGUGUGCAAGGUAUGAUGAAACUCUUACCCAUGCUUUAUGGAGUUGUGACAAAGUUAAAGGUAUUUGGAAACUCCUUCCUUGGUACAAACAAGCUUCCAAACUGGGAGAGGGGUCUAUGUUUGAUAUUUUGAAGUCCCUUGAGCAAACAAUUAACAGGCAGGAUUUUGAGGAUGCCAUAAAAAUUUUAUGGGAAAUAUGGGAGAAUCGAAACAGGAAGUGGAAUCAACUCCCUUGUAUGAAUAAACAGCAACUCCUGAACUGGGUCUUCUCUGCCUAUCCAAAUGGUUAUACAGAGGCGGUUCCUGCAAUAAACCAUGAAGCAGAUCUAAAUUCUCAUCAGAAACAAUGGAUCCCCCCUGCUAGUGGUAGCAUUUGUGUGAAUUGUGAUGCUGCAGUUGUUGAUAAUACUCCUGGUGUAGGAAUCAGAUUCAUAUGGAGAAGGGCUGAUGGCCAAAUGAUCUCUGCUGGUAUGCGCUAUUUGAACAGCUGCUGCUCACCCAAAACGGCUGAGGCCUGGGCUCUUUGGGAAGCUCUAAACAACCUCCCUGCAACUGAGACCAGUCGCAUUGAAGUCCAGUCUGAUUGCCGGCUGCUGGUGGAAGAAAUCACAAGCAAGAAUCGAAGCCUUACUGCUGACAGCACCAUCAUUCACAAGAUCAAAACAAUGCUGGAAAACUUUACUAAUGUAAAUAUAAUUCAUGUAAAAAGAACCAAUAAUGAAUGUGCAAAUUUGUUAGUUAGGAAAUGUCUAGCCGACGAAAAUUCCUAUCUUUUCACAACUCCUUCUCGGAUUGGUUAG